AUGGGUACAUCACUGGAUGAAACAAGGAGGGACAGCUGCAUAUGUGGACACCCUGGAAUCCCAGGUGACCCUGGCCACAAUGGAGCACCAGGACGUGAUGGACGAGAUGGGAUCAAAGGUGACAAGGGCGAUCAAGGUGUCACUGGUCUCACUGGUCCAAAGGGACAGGAUGGUGCUAUAGGACCCAAAGGAGAACCAGGAGAACCAGGCAUGGCAGGAAUGAAGGGCAGAAGAGGGGAGAAUGGAGAGCGAGGGUGGCCAGGGAAACUGGGCCCGCAAGGUAUCCCCGGCCCCUUGGGACCCAAAGGAGAUAAAGGAGACUUGGGUUUGCCUGGUCCCCCUGGAGUGAAAGGGGAUGAGGGGCCUCAGGGGCCAGAGGGCCAGCAGGGGUUGACCGGGGCAAAAGGAGAAAGAGGUGUUUCAGGACCCAUUGGGCCACCUGGGCGACCUGGUCCCAAAGGAGACACUGGCCCUUUUGGGCAGAAGGGGAGCCUUGGCUAUAAAGGGGAGAAAGGGAACAGAGGAGAACAAGGACACAAGGGGGAUCUUGGUGCCAUGCCUGUUAUACCCCAAAGUGCCUUUUCUGUUGGCCUGACGGAGCUCAGCAAAUUGCCUCCAAGUAACACAGCCAUUCGCUUUGAGAAAAUUAUCUACAACAAGCAGGGUCACUAUGACCCCCAGACUGGCCGCUUCACCUGCAGCAUUCCAGGGACAUACUUCUUUACAUACCACAUCACUGUGUAUUCCCGCAACGUGAAGGUGGCCCUGGUGAAAAAUGGGGUGCGGAUUGUGCACACAAUGGACACCUACCAGAGCAGUGAAGACCAGGCUGCAGGCGCUGCUGUGCUACACCUAGAGGCUGGAGACAAGGUGUGGUUGCAGGUGGUUGGUGGAGAGCUGUUCAAUGGGCUUUUCGCUGAUGAGGAUGACGACACAACUUUCUCUGGGUUUUUAAUCUUUUCAGCCUAG